AAUCAGAAAAAAAUAAAAAAAAUCAAAUCAAAUAAAAUCAAAUCGGUGCCCUCUCUCUUUGUUUCUCGGUCCGCCCUCUCCCUCUCUGUGUUCUUCCUCUCAAUCGGUGCCCACUCUACGCCUCGCCGCUUCGUCGGCCACUCCAAAGAUGUCCUCUCCAUCGCUUUCUCCUUCUAUAAUCGCCAAAUCGUCUCUGCUUCCCGAGACCGCUCGAUCAAGCUGUGGAACACUUUGGGUGAGUGUAAGUACACUAUUGAGGAUGGUGAUGCUCAUUCCGAUUGGGUCAGUUGUGUUCGAUUUAGCCCUAAUAAUCUUCAGCCUACGAUUAUGUCUUCGUCUUGGGAUCGGACUGUGAAGAUUUGGAAUUUGACCAAUUGUAAGAUUAGGGCUUCGCUUGCUGGGCAUUCUGGGUAUGUGAAUACGGUGGCCGUGUCGCCCGAUGGGUCGCUGUGUGCGAGUGGUGGGAAACAUGGGGUUAUUUUGUUGUGGAAUCUGGCUGAGGGAAAGAAGCUUUACUCGCUCGAUUCGGGUUCAAUUAUUAAUGCUCUGUGCUUUAGCCCUAAUAGGUACUGGCUCUGUGCUGCUACAGAGGCGAGCAUUAAGAUUUGGGAUUUGGAGAGCAAGACCAUUGUUGUGGAUCUCAAGGUUGAUGCCAAGCAGGAGGCUGAAAUGAACGAAGGCGGAGCUGCCGUGUCUUCUGGUGUUAAAAACAAGGUUUAGUAUCGUUAAUUUAGUAUAUAUGGA